AUGUCGUCAACCGCCAUGGCGAAGAAGAACAAGGCGAAGAAGACCGCCGACCCGAAUGAGACUUCCAAACUACUGGCCGCCAAAAUCUCUCAGUUGGAGCAGGAUGCUGCGGGCGAGAAGGACCAAGAGGCGGAAAUUGAGCGCGAUGUCAAGAAAGCAACCCGGGAUCUCAACCAGCUUUUGAAUGGCAUCGAAUCGCCGAUGACUCGCCUCGAAACCGUCCACAAGAAGUACAUCGAGCUUUUGACCGAUAUGAAGAAGCUAGACCGGGAACACACCAAGAGCAAGAAGAGGGCCGACCAAUUGCAGAAAGAUCAGGACAAGGGCAAGUCCGAUCUCAGCAAGACCGUAACUAUGAAGGAUAAGCUGGAAAAGUUGUGUCGGGAGCUCACCAAGGAGAACAAGAAGGUCAAGGAUGAGAACAAAAAGUUGGAGGACACCGAGAAGAAAGCCCGGGUGAUUGUUAACGAACGCCUCGAUUCUCUGCUCUACGACAUCCAAGACGUUAUGGCCGCCAAGGGCAACCCGCGCAGUGAGAAAGUGGAUGUUGAUACGGAGGAAGCGCUUCGUACUAAGAUAAAGACCGUGAGCGACCAAUUUGAUUCGCGCGACUCACAGUACCGGUCUCUUCUCCGAAGCAAGGAUUCCGACAUACAAAGUCUUGCCUCCCGGCUCGAAGACCAGCGCCGUGCUGGGGAGGUCGAGGGGAAUCGCUGCCGGGCUUUGACGUCUCAAGUUUCAACUUUCACCCACACCGAGGCCGAAUUGCGCAGUCAGCUCAACAUCUACGUGGAAAAGUUCAAACAGGUUGAGGACACUUUGAACAACAGUAACGAUCUUUUCCUUACGUUCCGCAAGGAAAUGGAAGAAAUGUCAAAGAAAACCAAGCGCCUGGAGAAGGAGAAUCACACGUUGAACCGAAAGCACGAACAAACUAAUCGCAACAUUUUGGAAAUGGCAGAGGAACGCACCCGGAAUCACGAAGACUUGGAAAGAUGGCGUCGCAAGUGCCACCACCUGGAAGCCCUGUGCCGACGCAUGCAAGCCCAGGGCCGAGGCGAGGGACUGGCUCUAGCUGAAGGCGAUGACCACCUCGAGGGUGACGAUGAAGGUACUGAAAGUGAGUACGAUGAUGACUAUGAGGAUGAUGAGGACGGUAUCAGCGAGGAGGAAGACCCCGAGCCACCCCUCCUCCGUGUCAAUCAGCCCUCAGAGAAGCCUGUCUUCGGGCCGACCCCACCUCCGAACCUAUUGGAAGCCCGGGCAAAUGGCAAUCCGGUGUUAAAUGGCUGUCACUAA